AUGGUUAAAAACAACAUUGAUCCAUCGUUAUAUUUUGGUCAUAUAAUAGCUACAAAAACAACCAGUGGGGAUAUAUUUGAAGGAGAAUUAUAUUGCUAUGAUACCUGUUUAAAUUUUAUUAUAUUAAAAGAUGAUAAUAAAAAUGGUACAGCAAAUUUCUACAUAAUUAGGAUGCAUACUAUUGUAGAUAUAGAAACAAAGCAAAAAUUAAAAACCUUAUAUGAAGUAUUACCAAAAAUUGAUAAAGCUAUUGUUGAAAAAAUUGAAAGAAAAUCAAUAGAAAAUUUUGAAAAAAAAAAAUCAAGGAUUGGUAUUAGGGUUACACAUGAAGCUCAGGAGCUGUUUGAUUUUAUAUGGAAAACCCAUCCAGAUUGCACAUGGAAUAACAGAGAUAUUCUUGUCUUAAAUGGGGAGGUUAGAAUUAAACAUCCUUAUGGCCCUGAUAAUUGCACAGCUAAAAAUGAAAAAUUAAGAGAGCGUUUCAUUACAGUGAUAUCAAGAUUUCGCCAAAAGAAAGCUAUGGCUAAUAAAAAAUGA